AGUUCCUGUUGGUUCCGCAGAAUCGCCAACUGCUAUAUUUUCUCGAAAAAAAUCGAACUCCGCUGCUGCGUUCACACCGGAGGUCGAUGCAAUGGCGAGCAGCUUGUAAUUCAACAAUCAGAUAAAAUUUUUCAAAUGAAAAUACCUGUGGUCAAUGCGAGUUUUACUCAGAGUAUCUACUACUAAUAUGUGUUGUUAUAGUCUGUCCUGCAACAUAUAUAUCUGUCUGUCUAUAAACAUUAUUGAUUCAUUCAGUUGUGUCAGUGCGAAUCAUAUACUUGGUGUUUCCACAUGUUUCUACACGUUUCUAAACAAUCGGCACGUGGUGGAAAAUCUAGCGAAAAAUCGACAAAUUAAAAUGUCACGAUUAUGCAUCUUGAGAUUAUGUUCCCUGAUGAAAAAUGUCAAAACACCAGAGACGCUGUUGAGCCAAUUGCAUUUUAAAAACAGUAAUCGUAUCAACGAGGCAUUGUGUCGGAGCUGUCAAAGAGGUUAUGCCCAAUAUUCUUUGCAACUAGCAUCUAGGAGUUAUCCAUUGUACAAAUUAGUGGAUGGAAUAUUUUUAAAUUACCCCUCAAUACUUUUGACAACGAGAGAAAAAUAUGGAAAAUAUAGCAAUAAGUCCAACAAAAAACAUAGUCAUUUUGGAACGCUUUUGGGCUUCAGUCUUGGACUUAUCGUGGCUUUUUGUGAUGCUUCAUAUUUUGCAGAUAAAAGAUUUUUCCGUGCUGCUCAAUAUGGCAAUAUUUCGGAACUGAAAAGGGCUUUAGAAGAUGGUAUUGAUGUAAAUAUCAGACAUCCACUGGGAUGGACAGCAUUGCAUACUGCUGCCAUAAAUAAUAAAGCAGAAAUUAUUAAAGUUCUUUUGGACAAUGGUGCUGAUAUAAAUGCAGGAGACAACUUUGUUAAUGUAUAUAGAACUGCUAUGGAAAAGAGUUUACAUUCUUUAGAUGUCCUUAUGAGAAGAGAAGAAGAAUUUUCUGAUCGACUAAAUAAUCGAGCUACUUUUCAAGGUUUUACAGCAUUACACUAUGCUGUGUUAGCUGAUUCAGAGAUAUGCGUAAAAACAUUAUUAGAUGAAGGAGCGAAUCCAACUAUAGAAAAUGAAGCAGGACAUCGAGCGGUUGAAUAUGCUAAAGAAGGUGUAGUCAAGGAAAUGCUCAUCAAGCAUGCUAUUAAAUAUGAUGAAAUAAUAAAAGAAAAGGAAGCAGAAGAACGUCGCAGAUUUCCAUUGGAACAACGUUUAAAGCAAAAUAUCGUAGGACAAGAGGGACCGAUUUCUAUUGUUGCUUCUACUAUUAGAAGAAAGGAAAAUGGUUGGAUAGAUGAAGAACAUCCACUAGUAUUUCUCUUCUUGGGUUCAUCAGGCAUUGGCAAAACAGAAUUAGCUAAACAACUAGCCGCUUAUAUUCACAAGAAUAAAACUGACAGUUUUAUUCGAUUAGAUAUGUCUGAAUAUCAGGAGAAACAUGAAGUUGCAAAAUUAAUCGGAGCGCCUCCAGGAUAUGUGGGACAUGAUGACGGUGGGCAACUGACAAAACUGUUAAAAAAAUGUCCUACUGCUGUUGUACUAUUUGAUGAAGUUGAUAAAGCUCACCCUGAUGUAUUAACUGUUUUGCUACAGCUUUUCGACGAGGGAAGAUUGACUGAUGGUAAAGGAAAAACAAUUGAAUGCAAAAAAGCAAUUUUUGUAAUGACAUCAAAUUUAGGAAGUGAGGAGAUUGCAGAACACGCAAUGCAUCUAAGAGCAGAAGCUGAGAGGUUGUUAAAUCAUAGAUUGGACAAUGCUUCUAAUGAAGAUCAGGAGCCAGAACGCAUUGAAAUAUCUCGUAACUUUAAGGAUCAAGUGGUACGUCCGAUACUGAAGGCUCAUUUUCGGAGAGAUGAGUUUUUAGGGAGGAUAAACGAAAUAGUAUAUUUUUUACCAUUUUCUCGAGCAGAAUUAAUAAAAUUGGUUGCCCGAGAAUUGGAUGCGUGGGCUGUACGUGCAAAAGAAAAACAUAUGAUUGAAUUGAAGUGGGACAGAGAAGUUCUAUCAAUAUUAGCUGAUGGAUACGAUGUCCAUUACGGUGCACGUUCUAUCAAGUAUGAAGUGGAAAGACGUGUUGUUAAUCAAUUAGCAGCAGCUCACGAACGGGGCCAACUUAGUAAAGGAUGUUGCGUAUUGUUAAAAGCAAAGUGGCAUGAAAAUGGUGCAAGCAUAACUCUUUCCGUUCGGCAAAAAGGUUCAAAAAAUUUUGUCGAUGUUGUAGAAACAGAUAAGUUUACGAAAAAUGUUAAUUCAAAAUUUUGAUAAUGGAUUCUCUAUGUAUAGAUACAAUUUAGUUAGAUUUAAUAAUUGGUGAUGUUUUAACUUAGAAAAAAAAUAAAAAGAAUGUAAUUUAUACAUGAAUUAAAUAUAUUAAAUUUAAAUAUA